AUGGAUGAGCUAGAGCAAACAGAAAUAAGAGAAGAUGUGAACCAUCUCAAGGGGAAAAUGACCAAGAUCUUGGAGAUUUUACAAGCACUCGCAAAUAGAAAUGAUGGGAAUCCUUUGGUAGACGAGGGGGUGCCCCAAAAUACUCUUGUUCACCCAAUGGGCGUCGUUUCACACAUUUACACCAAUUAUCAAGAAGGGAAGGCACAACAAUUUCCACCUUAUGGUCUUCCUCCAGGUUAUACCCCACCCAUAGACAUUCAUCUCCCCAACAACAAUACACUGGUUGUGGCUACAAAUCCACAACAUGGUACUGGCGAGUUCCCUCAAGUGCAACCUUCACCCCUUACUUCAGGCUUUCCUGGCUCUUCAUUGCAAGGAAAAUCUACCGAAGCUAACCCGGUGAUGUUAAACAUACACCAUGAACCUCGACCGCUUGAGAGCAAUCAUUCCCAAGAAAAAUGGCAAGCCUUGGAAGAACGCUUGAGAGUUGUCGAAGGGGGAAACAAUUAUGGAUUUGAUGCUUCAGACCUAUGCCUCGUUUUUGAUGUUAUAAUACCUCCGAAAUUCAAAUUGCCUGAAUUCGAAAAAUACAAGGGAACUGCAUGCCCCAAGAACCAUCUUAUUAUGUAUUGUCGAAAAAUGGGUUUUUGCGCCCAUGACGAAAAACUACUAAUCCACUUCUUUCAAGACAGUUUGACAAGAGCUUCCCUGAGUUGGUAUAUGCACCUUGAGCGAGCUCAUAUCAGCUCUUGGAAAGAUCUGGUGGAUGCUUUUUUGAAACAAUACAAAUAUAAUCUCGACAUGGCUCCUGAUAGAAUCCAGCUGCAAAAUAUGACAAAACGAGGCAAUGAAACAUUCAAGGAAUAUGCCCAACGAUGGAGAGAACUAGCUUCCCAGGUUGAAUCCCCCCUAUCUGAAAAAGAAAUGGUGACCAUGUUCAUAAACACUCUUCAACCUCCGUUUUAUGACAAAAUGAUAGGAAGCAUUUCAUCAAAAAUUUCAGAUCUCGUCAUCAUAGGUGAAAGAGUAGAAAUGGGAUUGAAAAGCGGAAAGAUUGCUUCCAGCUAUACCGGAUUAAAUAACACAAAAAAGUUGUCCGCAUGUGCGAAUAAGAAAAAGGAGGAAGAAGGCCAUUUUGUGGCGUCAAACCCAGCUAAUCCUUCUUUUGUGCGUCACUCUUACGCCGCUGCAACUCCACAAAUCACAAGUACUCUAAGUCAACACUUACAAGGGAAUCAAGAUUCAUAUGAAAGUCAGGGGAAAAACUAUCGUGGGAGGAAGUCCGUACAUUUCGACCCAAUCCCUAUGACCUAUGCAGAGUUAUUACCACAUCUGGUUAGCAAUUCUAUGGUUGCACUAUGUCCCAAGAAAACUAUAGAACCACCCUACCCAAAAGGAUAUGACUCGAACUCCGUGUGUGAUUACCACUCUGGGGCUGUAGGACACUCUACUGAGAACUGCUUAGCUUUAAAAUUUAAGGUGCACGAUUUGCUUAAGGUUGGAUGGUUGAAUUUUAAAGAAAACGAGCCUAGCGUGAAGAAUAAUCCUCUACCAGUCCAUGGUGGGCCAAUAGUGAAUGCAAUCGAAGAAAAUCACCAAUUAAUAAAGGAGGUCGAGAAAAUUAAGGCCCCGAUGGGACUGAUUUUCUCUGAGUUAUGUAAAUUUGGGUUAAUCCAAGGAAAUGCCGAUGUGAAAGCAAGAUGCAAUUUCCACCUCAAUGAAGAUCAUUCCAUAGAAGAAUGCAACGAGUUCAAAAAAGAACUUCAAAAAUUGAUAAACAUGGGCACCAUUCAAAUAGGUCGUUGGGAAAAGGAUGACGGUAUGAUUGCAACCCAAUCAGAAGAAAAACUUGGCAUAACCAUCCCAAAGCCAUUGGUCAUUCAUUUCACUAAGGAGGAAAGUAUGAAUGCCCCCGGUGAUUUGAGGACCUUAAUAGUUCAGAUACCAAGCCCUUUUUCAUAUAAAGACAACAAAGCCGUACCUUGGAACUAUAAUGUAGAGGUACAUCUAGCUAAACAGAAGGACAAAGAUGUUUCUAGCUCUAAAACCACCGCUGUCACAAACGUUUCAGGAAUAGGAAUGACUAGAAAUGAUCGGAUAUGCUCCCCAGGAAAAUCACAAAGAGAAAUGAGGGUGGUAUUUGAGAAGGCAUACACAGAUAAAGAAGAAAAGAAAGUCGAAAAUGAGAAAGUGGAAAAUGAGGUUUCUAAUGAAGAAGCUCAGGAAUUUCUCAAAAUCAUCAAACAGAGUGAAUACAAAAUAGUCGACCAACUCAACCAUACUCCUACAAGGAUUUCAUUGUUAUCCCUAUUGAUGAAUUCUGAGUCCCACCGGAAGCUAUUGAUGAAAAUACUAAAUGAGGCUCAUGUCACUCACGACAUCACCGUGGACAAAUUUGGAGGCAUCAUAAAUAACAUCACAACCAACAAUCACCUAACUUUCACAGAUGAUGAGUUGCCGACCGAAGGGAGAGGGCAUAAUAAAGCACUACACAUAUCAGUAAUGUGCAUCGACCAUAUAAUUUCAAGAGUCCUCAUUGACAAUGGCUCCUCACUGAAUGUCAUAUCCAAAUCAACAUUAGCAAAACUACCUUGUGAUGGUACAUAUAUGAGACCAAGUCCCAUGGUUGUUAGAGCUUUCGACGGGAGUCGCAGAGAAGUAAUGGGGGAAAUCGAUCUCCCAAUUCAAAUAGGCCCGGUCACAUUCGAAAUCACGUUUCACGUGAUGGAUAUUGUACCCGCUUAUAGUUGCUUAUUGGGGAGGCCAUGGAUCCAUUCUGCCGGCGUAGUGCCAUCAACCUUACACCAAAAGCUGAAGUAUAUGAUAAAUGACCAAUUGGUAAUCGUAUCAGGAGAAGGAGAUUUGUUGGUGAGUAAUUUUUCCACCACACCUUAUGUUGAGACAACAAAAGACGCUCUAGAAACUGCCUUCCAAACACUAGAAAUCGUGGACACCGCUUAUGUCGAGACGACACCUAUAGAACCACAUAUGUCAAACACUGCUAUUAUGGUGGCUAAGUUCAUGUUGAGUAGAGGACACCAUCUGUGGCACGGGUUGGGGAAGGAUGAAGAAGGGCUCAAAGAACCGGUGGAACUUCCUGAAAAUAGAGAUAAGUGGGGUUUAGGUUACAAACCCACCAGGGAUGACAAACGGAAAUUGGUCAAAGAGAAAAAAGAAAAAAGAUUAGCUUGA